UUUUAAUUUACUGCCGUUGUCUCACAGAUGGUUCACGCAUCGCUGAUCUCUCUCUGUACCCACAUCACAGCUUUGACAUAUUUGUUCACAUGACACCUUUCUCGUCUGGCAUCAAGAACAGGAUACCAACAUGAACGGCCUCCUCCUCCUGUUUUACUGCUUAGAAAUCCUGGCUGCACUUCUGUGUGGAGCUAAUGGCGAGAUUACACCUACUCUCUCUAACGCUCAAAGCAGCAUUUCAGCAUCCACAUCACCUGAUUUCAUCACCGCUGAAAUGUCUGAGGCCAGCAGCCUGAUGAACACCGAGACGUUCACAACUGUCUCCGCGCUCUCCAGCAGUCGCAGCCCCGCAGCUACGUCUGUCCGUCCGCCCAAGACCACCACCUCCACCACUGUCGCCCCACACUGGGGGAUCUACAGAAGGGAAUGUCACGCACUCUACUUGGUGAGUGGCGGACUCAUCAUAGUCUGCACCGUCCUGCUGGUCUCCAGUCUGAUGUUGACGUGUAAGGUGAGGCACCUCAGCAGACGCCUCCAGGCGCUGAGUGGCGACGCUGACCUGAUCAGCAACUCUGAGUUCUGGAUGGGAUCUGCCAGGAGGAACAAAAGCAGAUCAGGGCCGAAGGCCAAAGAGACCAAGGUGCUGAUGACUGACUUCAUUCAAACACAGGAGGGUGAUGGUGCUGACAAGGAAGAGGGCAGGAAAGUAACCGUGGAUGGACAAACGGGAGAAGAGAACAAGAAGAAGGUGGAAGAAAACGGUGACGAGAGUAAGAAGGAGACACCUGACACAAAAAAGGCCUUGUCCUCAAAGCCUCAAGAGGAAGCUACUGAUCCGAAGUCAAGCAAAGCUGAAGCUGACUCCUCUACUGAGGUGUAGCACUGCUCGUUUGUGUGUGUGUGUGUGUGUGUGUGUGUGUGUGUGUGUGUGAGUGUGUGUGUGUGUGUGUGUGUGUGUGUGUGAGUUUGUCUGAGUGUGUCUGAGUGUGUGUGUGUGUGUGUGUGUGUUUGAGAGUUUGAGAGUUUGAGAGUUUGUGUGAGCGCAUUUCUAUAUCUAUAGUUAUGAGGGGCAAUUUUAGUUCAAUACCAUCAUUAUGAGAACUCGUCCUCAUAAAUUCAAAGGCCUUUUUGAGGGAUGACACUUGGUUUUUGGGUUAGGGUUAGAAUAAGGUUUAGAUUUGGGUUAGGGUUAGGGUUAACAAUCACAACCAUUUAGUUGUGAUUGUUAAGUUUAGGGUAAGGGGCUAGGGAAUGCGUUAUGCAUUAUGUCAAUAAGUGUCCUCUCACAACUAUAGAGACGUGUGCGUGUGUACGUGUGUAUGUGUGUGUGUAUUUAUGUUUGAGAGAAAGAGAGAGAGAGAGAGAGAGAGAGCGAGAGAGCGAGAGAGAGAGCGAGAGAGAGAGAGAGAGCGAGAGAGAGGUUGACUUAAUUAGCAAGCAGAGAAUGUGCCUCUUCCGGGCAGUGCCACUCAACUCCAAGAGAACGCUCUCUUUCACGUCGGCCCGGGCUGACAAAGGACACACAAAAGUCCUUUUCAGCAAACCAAUAUGGAGUGGCUUCCGCCGCCUUGUGCAGAUAUUUGUCCGUCCACUUGCUUGUGACGUCCCCAUGGAUGUGCACCUUUUAUCGAAAAGUCUUUGAGUAUAGUUUUACCCUUGUCACGGCACUGCAGCCUCUGCAUGAGGCUGGGCCUGAAUCUGAACCCUGCAGGCCGGAGGGGAAAGCACAGACAGAGUGAGGAAAUAACCAAUGUGCUGCAAAAGAGGCACAAAAUGAAGACAGAACAAUUCUGUCCUCUCAGCUGCUUGGUUGCAUAAGUCCGGAUCAUCUACAAUGAUAUGUGCAAAUUUGUCAAAUUUUAUAAGGUUAAAACCUGAACCACAUCUGCAUCAAACAUCUGUCCCUAAGCAGUGAAUGGUAUUGUGUGUGCUAGUGGUACAGCAAUGCAGUGUUGGAUGGAGAGUCGGCUGUAUUGCUGAUGACAGGUAGGAAGCUGCAGUGAAGGACAGUCCUCUGCAAUUAAUCUUUUCGAGUUUAUUUUCGUGACAACCUCUAAAAUGAACACAAGGAAAACAACAGCCAAUCGCAGCAGUCUGACUGUGAGGGGAUACUUAACAGAGGGGUGGGGGGGUUCUGAUUUAGGUGAUAUCUGAUAAUUGAUAUUAAUACAUUCAUCAGACCACAAUAUCUGUCACUUUAAAUGCAGAAUCAAUUCUCGGAGGCUGCUGCAUUUAUCAUGAGCUGAGGAGUUUCCCUUGCAGCAGCCUUGUAUGCAGGGGACCCCCUCCGUUAUGCGCUCCACCCCCCCCCCCCCCCAAAAAAAAAAAACCAGCACCCCACCCCUCCCAUCUCUGCACUUCUACAGCACAAGAGUAAGCACACAGAGCCUGCAGUGCUUGAUCGCGCUAACCCAAAAGAUCCACAUAGAGGAGGCAGUAUCAGCUCUCGCUUCUUCAAAGAGGACAAAAAGGACCAAAGCAAGGGGAGGCAGAGAGAAGGCCGCCUAAACACUGGACAAGUGGAGUGAGCAAGAGUCCAAUUCUGUGAGGGGGGAAAAAAGAUUCACCUUCAGCAGAGCAGCAGCUGGUCCUUAGCUUCAGAGCAGGACGGGAGAGAGGAGCACGGAGAGAAAAGUGACUGGAAUGAUAAGAUGAGAAGCAGGUGUGUUCUCCUGAGGGUUUCCCCUACAGCCGCCCUCCUGGGACUCCUGGUUGGGUCGUUGCUUGGGAUGCACGCCCUGGCCGUGUGUCCCUCCAUGUGCUCCUGCAGCCGCAGCCACAGGGAGGUCGACUGCUCCUGGAGGGGUCUGAGACAGUUGCCCGACGGCCUGCAGCACAACAUGCGCUCCCUCAACUUGUCCCACAACCGCUUCCAGCACCUGGACCAGCGGCUCACCAUGUACACCCAUCUCCGCGUCCUCGAUUUGUCUCACAACCGGCUGAGCCGCCUGCCCGCCGGCUUGCCUCGCUCUCUCUGGCAGCUCCACGCUGCCUCCAACCACCUACAGCUGCUGGACAAGAACGACACCGCCUAUCAAUGGAACCUGCGACUGCUGGACCUCUCCAACAACAAGCUGGAGCGGGCCACCUUCAUCAACAACACGCUGAUCAACCUGUGCACCCUGAACCUGAGUCACAACCACUUCUGGACUUUGCCCACCAACAUGCCCAUGCACCUGGAGGCUAUCGACCUCUCGCACAACUUGCUUGUGAAGGUGCUGCCCGGCUCCCUGGACCGGCUGCCCAGACUAACUCACCUCUACCUGCACGCGAACCGCUUUGCCACACUGCCCUUUGGAGUGUUGGACCAGAUGACGUCACUCAGAGUCAUCGCUCUGGGCAGCAACCCUUGGGCCUGUCACCUUUACGACAACAUCACCUACGUGCUGUCCUGGACUCAGCACACCCCCGCCCGCGUCCUGGGCUGCCCCUGCCACACCGAGUCAGUCUGUGGGGGGGCACAGCCUAGCAGGACUGGAGGGUGGCACUUUGCCUCCUACAACCCGCCCCCGUUGGUAGCGGGUGCCCAGGACGUGAGCUCCCUGCCCCCGGGGGCCGGCGUUACCGAGUGGUGGUACUUGUCUGUGUCUGCCCCCCCACACACCCAGAUGGGACAUCGCCCUUUCACAGACACACCAGUCAGCAUCCGGGAUCACAUGCUCCACACUCAUCCUCAUCUCUUUCCUGGCACCGACAAAGACUCACCCUCUGACUCACUCACAUCCCCUUUUUCUGACACGAGCGUCGUUACCGAAACACCCAUCGGGGCUGACAUGACCCUGGCCAUAGAUCGAUUCUUUACCACAGAGAGCCCCUUCGCCAAGACAAAGAAAACCACCACGCUUCGCACGAGGAGCGUGAGGAGGCCGAAUCAGUCCCACCCGAGGGGCGUCAGCAACCGAGGCUCCUCGCUGCCUCUCCUUCACAACCUGGGGCUUCUGCUUCUCAUUCUGCAACACGUGCUCUGAGAGAGAAACGGAGAAGACUGAGCGCCAAGUGAUUAGCCUACAUUACAGUUUACAGACACAAACCACUGAUGUAGAUUACCAUCAUUCUCCAGCAAAGAAAAAUGAAGCAUUUACCAUAGAGAUGACAAACUAUAGGACCAGUGUCAUAAUGCCUGCUAUGCUGAGAAUGCUAUCAUGCUAAUUUUAUAUUUAUACAUUUAAACACAUCCCUUUAGCUUUCUAACAAGGCUCUUUACAGGCCUCUAUUUGAAUGCCUCUGAUUUAAAAAAGAAAUACCAUUGUAAUGAAUACAGCUAAGCACAUGAUGGCACUAUACAUUCAGCUACCAGUUUAUUAUGUAACUGAAUGGGGCCCUGGUGCUCGUCCGCAGCUACAGUCCAUCUAUUUCCAGGCUGACUGAGAUGUUUUCUGGUCUAUAGCACACAAAUUAUUGUAAUUUUUUUCAAAUUUUCUACAACUGUUGGCUGAAAUUGUCAUGUUAUUGUUAUAUAAUUGUUUUGGUGGAAAAGAUAUGACACUCAGAGCCCUUAUGUAAACCUCUGGGUGAUUCAGAUUAUUUUCCUAGCUGUGCUUGAUCCCUCAACCUGCUUGUUUCAUGUUAGAAAUCAUAUCACACACCACUAGAUGUGUGCAGCCUGUUCUGGGGGAUGUUUUUAAUAAAGUAGUCAUGGCAUGUAUGUAACAGGAAGCUGCAUAGAGCCUGUGGAGCAGAGGGCAAACAAAUGGACAAUGCUGUGUCACUAUCUUCAACAAACUCCCAAGAAGCGCGUCUGUAUUUUGAUCACAUCGCCGACUUAAGUGUCCUUCAUGAUUCAGUGGCGCUCGUGAAAAUUAUCUGCAUGGUGAUUGAACGUUCCAGGAAUGCUAACCUACUGCUAUAUUGCUGCAGAGCAGUAAAGCACAAGACAUUUUCAGCUUAUUUGUGUGAAAUGUUAAGAUAUUCAAGUCCUGAUUGCAUUUUAAGUGGAAAUGGCAGUGAUGUGCCGGCGUGCACAUUUUUACUUCCCAGUAAUACAUUCACAUAAUGUUCCUGGAACAGCAGGAGAUGCAUUACAGCCAGCUGCAUUUGACAAACUGAAGAGGAACGUGUUUACUUUUGGAUACGUCUCCAUGAAGAUUUCUGUAAAGUUAAAUAAAAUGUGCUCAGUCACUUACACCUUU